GUUGGUCCGACACUAAUCACAACAUAUAACGGGGCUCCUUUAUACCAAGUAGGGAACGAAAUCGUGUGUUCAUCCUCGUGGGAUUAAUGUCAUUUCUCACAAAUGUUUCGUCCGCUAGGAAGACUUGAGUGAUGCAGAAAAUGUAGAACCGCAGCCCUUCCUCUGCAGACAACCAUGGAUAUCCUCAGGGCCAGACGGCAACAGCUUAUGAGACCGAAGGAAUUCUCAGCAGCAACCCGCAAACCAGUGCAAUAUUAUAAGACGUUGCCGCCUGCCACCAAGUCCCCCACGAAAUCAUCCUUCUCCAGGUCAGGACACACAGAGAACCAAACUGUUGGUCGGGACAACAAUAACACGUCAUUUAUCAAAACAAAUCUAACGAGAAUCGGACGAUCUCUGGAACAUUUACAAACAAACUUUGAGGAAGAACAAUCGGAGAUAUCGCGAGAAUUCGAGAGAAAACUUACACAUGUUAGUGCAUCUAUCGGAACGAGCAUCAGCGAUAUCCGAGACAGACUCACUGCGCUGACGUCAUUGUUAGGAGGAAAUGACGUCAGUCAGGACUCUGGCCUCACAGACUCGAUAUCAAAGAGUGAGAAUAGCCUAGACUGCACAGACGAUGGGAGUUUACCUUUCAAGUCAUUCAGUCAGCAAUCCCCUUUCAGUCCCAGCAUAAAAUCGGAAAGCUUGGACCACGUAAAUAUCCGAUCAGUUCCUGAAAGUAACAGAGUGUUCAAUUUCCCCGCCACAAAUGAACAAAAAACGCGAUCAACUAGUCUAGAUCACGUAAAUGCUUGUUGCAAUUCAAACAAUCAGCCAACGCAUCGGCAUCCUUCAAAGGUCCAUAGAAGUGUGAAAUCAAGUGACAGUGGGCUCGGAAGCUUAGAAAGCAAAUAUUCCAGCCGAAGUAUCAGUUCAAGCACAACAUACCGGACGAUUGCUGGACUCGAUUAUCCGUACGGCAGGCGGAGACAAUGGCGUCCAAUGAGAUCCACCAAUUACCUGGAGCUAUUGAAAAGAGGAUACUGUAAUUGGGUACCGAAAUAUAUGUCAAGUUCCCAGUUGAGUAGUACAAGUGACGUCACCACGAGGGAAACGUGUGAUCAACAGACCAGUUCGAGAGAUGGUCUGGGUGGUCUUACAAGAAAUAAAACUGAUGUUGAUAGUGUUCCAGAAGCGGGUUCCAUAAAAUCCAACAAAAUGACACCAGAAAAUGAUGACGUAUAUGACAAAGGAAAAGCCGACGAAAGUCUGAACACUUCUAAUGUUGAUAUAGUAAUACCACAUAUAUCUGACGAACUGAACCCUGGUACCGCAAUGGAAUGGCGCUCGCAUAACCGUCACGAUCCUUCAGACUAUACCGAGUUAUCUACCCUGAAGGUGGAGCCACCGGCAACGCGAUAUCCGCCGUGGCUGUUUCCAGAAUUCUACAACAAUCGGUGUCACGAGGAAGAGUACCCAGAUGUAUUUGAGGAAGAAAACGGAACAACCACUAAAGCAGAUACCUCUUGUAAAAGACGAACGGGAGAGUCAUCCCGUGAGCCUCGUGAACAGUGGCAGUGGGGCGUGGCCCGGUCAUUAUGGCAGGGCUGGACAUUACCUGGUCUUAACGAAGAGGUAGAGAAACAACUGGUCAUUAGACUUCAAGAAAACAGAGUUUUCCGAAAACAGUUAAUUGAUGCCCACAAUGCACUACGAGGUAGCCAUGGAAGUCCCAAGCUAGCGGAAGUAGACGAUUUGACACGUGAUGCGCAGAUGUGGGCAGAUAUCAUCGCAGAAAAAGGGUUCACGCAAUACAGUGAACUGCCUGGGAGAGGAGAAAGCAUCGCUCUCCUUGACACGAACGGGUUGGAACUAGACGGCAGUGAGGUGUCAAAGCUAUGGUACAAAGAGAGGGACCAAUUCGACUUCAACGACCCCAAGUGGCGAAAAGCCACCAUGAAUUUCACCCAAAUGAUUUGGAAAUCCUCGACCGAUGUCGGUGUGGGCGUGGCCAAGGUCAAAGACAAGGACAAAUGUGUGGUGGUGGCUCAGUACCGACCGGUCGGUAACGGCAACAGACCAGGGGAGUUCCGAAAGAACGUACCGGCGUCUCUAUGAUGUUUGGGUGACAAUGUUCCUUAUGUACUGAAUGUAAACGGAUUCGACCAUAUUGCUAUACAUUUUAAAAUAGCAGCGAGGACACCAUUUCUCACUUCCAUACUCUGUGAUGUUGGUUGAUAGUGGUAUCCUUGAGAUAUCACUCAAUGGAAUGGAUUAUUUAAUUGCAAUGACAAAAAUCUGUCAGUCGCCAAAAGUUUUAUCACAACAUUUGAAGCACUACGGAUGAAAGAUGAAUAUUGAUAUUGUUUAAAUGUUGAUAUUGUUUACAUGUUUUGGUGUGUUAAUAUAAUGAUUUACGUGAUGAUUCAUUUAUCCUACCUUACACAUCUAUUAGUUUACCUAUACGCUUUAUUAGUAAGUCCACAAGUACGUUAUCGUCGGCCCCACGGAGUCUCCUCUACGGUACACUCGUUUGACCCGUUGGGAGCACUGGCUUGAAAGCCUUCGGUUUGACAUAAAUAUUCAUAUUUCAUCGACCAAUCAAAUCCUUCUUAUUAAUGAAGCUCUUCUCCUCCUGGAAAAAUAGAAACGGUAUACCAAGAUGAUCGCGCCUAUGUGUCGACUUAGGUUAUUUGCCAUCUUGCCAAACAAACCAAAGAACAUGUGAAACAAUGUUUCUGAUUGGACAGAUAUUCCGUAGCCAUUUGAUAAUUUCAAGAUUUCUGGAUUUUGUACAUUAAUAAUUGUUGAAUAGGAUGUUUUAUAUGCACGUGCCCUCACGUGAUCGAUCUGAGCUAGGGAGGACAGAUCACAUGGGUACCAACGAUGACAAUAAAGUGUGUUUAGUCCACGCUUUGUGUGACAAGAAACAUCCAUUGUGUUUCUAUUGCAUUCUGAUAACAUCAGAGUUACUUCCCCUGUUCCACUCUGUCAUACAACCGGUAGAGCCGAUUUAUUGAGACUGUAGUCAGCCUUUGCCUAAUCCAUACUGUGACGCAACCCGAUACUUAUCGUUAGUUCCUCUCAAUUCCCUGCGAGUUGUGCAAUGUGCGUAUGACUUGUUUGUGUUUGGUUCACUUAGCCAUCAUUGGUUCAACUUACAUGUGUUUGUAAGUCAUUUACUUUCUUGUGACUGAUUCGCUUACCUGAGAAAUGUCCAAUAUACAUUCACUCUCUUGUGAUUGAUUCGCUUUCCCGAGAAAAGUCCAAUAUACAUGUACAUUCACUCUCUUGUGGUGGGUUCACUUACCCGAGAAAAGUCCAAUAUACGUGUACUUGUAACGUGUUCAUUCUCUUGUGAUUGAUUCGCUUUCCUGAGAAAAGUCCAAUAUACAUGUACAUUCACUCUCUUGUGGUGGGUUCACUUACCCAAGAAAAGUCCAAUAUACGUGUACUUGUAACGUGUUCACUCUCUUGUGAUUGGUUCACUUUCCUGAGAAUAGUUGAUCUCGUGACUGGUUCACCUUACAAAUGCCUUGUCCACCUUGUUGCUAGUUCUACACAUUGAUUAGCUUAGCUUAGCUAGUUCACUUUAUCUAAGACUGGUUCAUAUCACUCCUGAUUAAUUCGUCUUACGUCUAGCUCAAUUAUCUUGUGACUAGUUCAGCUUAAUUGCGACUGGUUCAUUUUACAUGUGACUACGUUGUAACUGGUUCACUUUGUGACUAGCCAAACUUUUUAGAUAUUAAACUUACCAAAGAUUGCUUCAUCUUACUGUUGAUUAAUUGCAUUGACCAUUUCAAACAUGUUAUCAUAUUGUUGCUGAAUCGCCUUUAUUUACAAAUCGUUAAUGACCUCUAUGAGAGGGUCUUGGGUAUACGAGGGAGGGGCAUGUGGUAUGAUUGCCCCUCCUUUAUAUACCCGAGACUCUCUUUUCACCGAUAUGACCUGUAAGCCAAAGAUACAUAUUUCUGUAAAUAAGGACGUUAUUUUACAUCAUUAUCCUUGUGAUCUCAGCCUUUUUUUUGCCUCCACAAUACCAUUAAAAGUUUCUGAUAUAAAAAUUGUAACUCUUCCAGAGUUUGUACUAUUCUCUAUUCAUAUUGAUAGAACAGAAUAUGGACACAUGGUACAGGGACACAUUGUACAGGGAUACAUGGUACACGGAACAUGAAUAUAAUGGAGUAAAACAGUCAUUUUCGUCUUUUUCGUAAAUACCCAAAAAUAACGUGUUUGCUUCAAACUGCAAAAUUUUGUGAAAAUCAGGUACAUCAAAAAGAUGUUCUGCUGUAUAACAUUCUUGAGAGACUCUUGUUGAUAUUUAAUGGCGAUACUUUGAUUUUUUGUAUCUGAGAUACAAUUCUAGCCUUCUUCGAAAUCGUGAUUUAGUGCUACACAAUUCGCUCAUUUUUGAUAAUAAAUAGCUGAGUUGUC